AUGGUCCGAUUAAAUGCGCUCGCAUUAGUGCGCAAUCUCCGAACUCGAUCGGUACCCAUUCGCACCCGCCAAUUCAGUGCAUCAGCAACCAAACCCAAAGAAAACCAGUCAUUCAAAAGUCAACUCUACGAAAGCACCCAACAGCGUCUGAAGCGCGAGCGCGCUGAGCAAGAGAAAUUCGCGCAAUUACAGACCCAAUCUCCCGCUGGUCGUUCCGCGGCUCUAGUAUUCGCUCUCGUUUUCUUCUCAACAGGUGCCUACUACCUCGGAUCCUUGAAGCCAGCUGCUCUCCCUUCUUCCUCAACAACGCCUCUUUCUGAAAUUGAUGCUCCCAAACACAAUGUCACUCCUUCCAAUCUGCAGGCGGCGUGGGCGGAUUUCGUCGAGAUAAUAGGCAAGGAGAAUGUUUCGACUGCCGCAGGUGAUUUGGCCUUGCAUUCGGGCUCGGAUUGGUCUUCUUAUUCGGCCAAGGAGGGCGAGAAGCCCUUCUUGAUUGUCUACCCGUCUUCGACCGAGGAAGUCUCGCAGAUUAUGAAGGUCUGCCACCAGCGGGUGAUUCCUGUGACUCCGUACUCUGGCGGAACGAGUCUAGAGGGUCACUUUGCUUCCACGAGAGGUGGAGUUUGUAUCGAUUUCCGCCGGAUGGAUAAGAUUUUGCAGCUUCAUAAGCGAGACUUGGAUGUCGUUGUCCAGCCGGCUGUUGGAUGGGAGGAUUUGAAUGAAGUGAUUGGCCAGGAUGGACUCUUCUUCCCGCCUGACCCGGGUCCUGGUGCAAUGAUCGGUGGUAUGGUUGGAACUGGAUGCUCGGGAACCAACGCCUACCGCUACGGAACUAUGCGCGAGUGGGUGCUCUCGCUCACUGUUGUUCUUGCUGAUGGUACCGUGAUCAAGACUCGGCAACGGCCUCGUAAGUCCAGUGCUGGUUAUGAUCUCACUAAACUCUUCAUUGGAAGUGAAGGCACGCUUGGUCUGGUAACGGAGGCCACUCUGAAGCUGACCGUCAAGCCUAAGAGUCAGAAUGUGGCAGUGGCCAGCUUUGAGUCCAUUCAACACGCAGCUGAGUGUGUGACCAACGUGGUUGAGGCUGGUAUUCCUGUCGCUGGUGUUGAGAUUCUGGAUGAUAUCCAGAUGAAGUGUAUCAAUGCUAGUAAGACUACUAGCCGCCAGUGGAAAGAGUCUCCUACCCUGUUCUUCAAGUUCACCGGAACAGCCGCUGGUAUCAAGGAGCAGAUUAGCAUGGUGCAAAAGAUUGUCUCUAACACCUCGGGCAAGUCUUUCGAGUUUGCCCGCGGUGAAGAGGAAAUGACCGAACUCUGGAGUGCCCGCAAGCAGGCACUGUGGAGUGUCAUGGCAAUGAAGAGAACCCCGGAUGACCACGUCUGGACGACCGAUGUGGCCGUCCCGAUAAGCAAGCUGCCUGAUAUUAUGGAGGCCACUAAAGAUGAUAUGACCAAGAAUGGCUUGUUGGCUGGCAUUUGUGGCCACGUUGGAGAUGGAAACUUCCACGCAAUUAUUCUAUUCAAUGACAACGAGAAGAAAAAGGCAGAGGGCGUUGUCCACCGUAUGGUGAAGCGCGCUGUUGAGAUGGAGGGCACUGUCACUGGUGAGCACGGUGUUGGUCUUGUCAAGCGAGACUACCUUGAACACGAAUUGGGUGAAUCUACAGUGGAUACUAUGCGCCGGCUGAAGUUGGCCCUUGAUCCCCUCCGCCUCCUCAACUGCGACAAGGUUGUCCGCACCGAGCAGCCGGCAGCUGGAGAAGUCAAGGAAUGGUAG